UACUGGGUGACUUCCCGUGGGCUAAAUAAUCUGGAUUAUCAUAAACCGGAGCUCGAAAACAAAUUUGAAAAAGAGUCUGUAGGAUAAUCUGUAAAAAAUACUAAACCGCAGACCAAUAGAUAAUCCGGAAUAUUGACUGCAUCCACCACUAUGGAUUCAGAUGACUUGAUAAUUCAAUCUCUAAAGAACGGAGCAGAGUUGCAACAGCAAGAAGAUGACGACAAAGAAGCUGCGCUGGCUAUUGCUGCCACCAUCCUAGUUGGUGUUGAGCUCGCACGCCAAGAUCGUAUCGAAAAUCGGCAGCCACGACGUCUAUAUCUCUGCCGUCCGCAGCUCCUUCCAAACCCACGGAAAGAUACCCCAUGGCAGGUCCUGUUUGCCACCCAGAACAAUCGUGCAUUUAUCACAACAAUGGGGCUUGAUGUCAAGACAUUUAGCUCCAUCCUCACUUCAGGCUUUGUAAAAAGGUGGUACAACACACCUAUUCCAGAAUUCAGAGAUUUAGCUCUUCACAAAGCAUCCAAAUCAGUACAUGUGAAAACAAGAAAAGUAUAUGAGGGAUGUUUGGAGUGCAGGAACGGUAGUAGUAUCGAACGGCGCCAGACAACAGAGUCUGCGCACAUACGGCGCGGUAUGAUUAUGUCAGCGGAUAUCGCUGGUGUAAGUGGUCCUAAAAAGUCACUCUCGUCGGUCUUUUGUCCAUCUACUGCUAGUCUAGCGCAGGCGAUCAGUGUGCCCAUGGCUGCUCGGAAUGACGAAGAUGCGGAGAUGAUAGAAGCUCGCCCUCGUAAAAGGAUUCGCAGCAGCACAAAACGCAAACGUGCAACAAGUCCCACUCACCUGCCCAGAGUGCCUAUAUUAUUUGCACCAUUCCGCGCUCUGGGUCUAAUCACAAACCAUAUACCAUUCUAUAUACAAACCCGUUCUUACAAGGAUGCAACUGAGGGGCCCCGGAUACACAUUUUGACCUGUCUCGGCAGAUCAUGGGCGUUAUGGGAGGGGGGUCCGGAAGUUCAAGACCCUAUUUCGUGCCUAGUUAUGGAUGGAGAUGCUGUUUGGGCAGCGUCUGGUGUACAUGUAAUCAAAUAUCUCCGAGGAAAAGAGGUUUCACGCGUGUCGAAUCCGCUCCAGACCCCCUUAGCAUUCGUCAUUCUGUUUGGUACUCAGUUGCUUGCAUUGACGGAAGAUGGUGCGCGGAUGCUAAUAUGGGAGGUAUCGACCAAUGAACAAGCCCUAUCUACAACUAUUCAGUUUGAUAUUGGGUUUACUGCUACAUCAAUUCUCCAUCCUGCUACAUAUCUGAACAAAGUUUUGGUUGCCAGCAAGGAGGGCGAUAUGCAACUUUGGAACAUCCGUACACAGACUUGUAUACACAAAUUUUCUAAUUCUCUAUUGCGCACAUUACCAUCUCAGCAGCAUAUGAACUCAUUGUCGAGUCCCAUCACAGCGUUAACGCAGUCCCCUGCUAUCGAUGUAGUUGGUGUUGGUUUUAUGUCAGGAGAAAUAUCUGUGUACGACGUUCGUGCUGAUGAGCGGCUGAUGAGAAUGUACAUGGAUGAUGGUGGAAUCAAAGCUUUAUCUUUCCGGAGUGAUGGUCACCCGAUUCUGGCGUCUGCCUCGUCAUCUGGACACAUAGCUCUGGGAUCUAGAUUCUGGAGUGCACUUGAGUGGGUCCCUGGACAGCCUGUCCUCAUCAGCUCAGGUGAGGAUAACAGCGUCAAGCAAUGGUUGUACGAAUCCCCUACCGCUGUUCCUCGACUCCUGAAAUUCAGAUCUGGUCAUCAUGCACCCCCACAUCUCAUUCGGUUUUAUGGCGAAGAUGAUUCGAGGUCAUACGAAAUGUCGCAAGGAUCUCUCGCACGGAAAGCUACGACUCUAUCAAAACCUCUUACUUCGUUGAAAUUCCCUCCUAUCACCUCCAUUUCUUGUUCCUCGACACGAUCCAAGGACUGGGAUGACGUCCUGACCGCACAUGCUGAUGAGAUGUGUGUACGGUCUUGGACAGUACUCAACAAGCGCGUUGGAAAGCACACGUUCAACUCCGCUGAGAGUUCCAAAAGGAAGUCUCCCUCAGGUGUUGUAAAGUCUGGGUUGAAGCGAAAGUCGUUCAAGGUUGGACCUUGCCCUCAAGCCCUGAUCGAUCGUCUUGAGCUUUCGUCCAUGACAAGAUCAAAAGCCAGCGAGCGUAGUAUUACUGGCCUGGCAUCAGAUGCUCUGAACCGCGCAGUCAUUGCCACUACUUCAGAUGGCACUGUGAAUGUGAGAAUUCCUAGUCCUUUCACCGCUUCCGACUCAUAA